UGUUAUUUAUCAUCACAGAUGGAGCCAUCAUUGACCUUGUCGUCUCCCGCCAUCCUCCCUCAGCAUGUUUUUUAUUCAUUCAGACCUCCGCCGGCUUCUAUCUCGGCCUCAUGCACCUCUCUCCCUUCCCCUCCCAUAAACUCGCCCCCAUCUGUAACCAUGCGUCCAGCUUUUGUUACCGGCCUCGUUUCCAUAACAACUGCAUGCGACCUUUCAGUCAGUUGCCUCGCCAUUUUUAAUCAGAAGUAUAGGAGUGGUGGGGGGGGCACAGAUGUGAAGGUUGGUUAUAGCGGAGGCAACCUAUUGAAGGAGCUGCAGCCACUCGGUGGUCUCCCGUAACCACCAUCAUCAUCAUCACCACCACCAUCAUCAUCAUCCCGGGUGCCAGCUGAGGACAGUCGCGCCGGUAGGAGAGCGCAGAAGCGGACACCUGAGUUGGAGCACCGCAGCCAAAUGAUGGACUCCCCCUCAGACCUCUUCGACGACUCCGCUGGGCAGCUCCACCAGCUUGCCCCCCCACUACGCUCCUCAGACCUGCUCGGUGGUUUUCCAGGCGGAGGUCGGCCACCGCUGACCGCCUUCAGACCACCCAGCUUCCCAUUGAUCCAGCAGCACCUCAUCCAACCUCAUGGGGCUCCGAGAAGGACCGGGGGUCCUCACCAUGCACUAAACCCGCCACUGGCUUUACUCAGGGGGGAGGAGAGAAAACCGGAUGAAGACCAGGAUUUGGUGGCAAAUGAUGACCAGGUUAGAAAGCGACCCACCACUGAGUGGAGUCAAGAGCUGGCGAGGGUGAAGAGGAUGAAGCUCGAUGGUAGAACGGAGGAAGGGGAGGCGAGGCGAGGUGAAGGAGGCAGGGAGCUGAGGAAAAGAAGGAAGGAGGAGCUAAAGGAGCAGCUGGAGGAGGCGAGGGAGAGACUCCAGGCCCUGCAGGAGAAAGUGCUGAUGGCCUUUGGGGAAAAGAACAUGGAGGAGGAGGAGAGAAUGUUUGAUGAAGAGGAGGACGAUGGCGCAGGAGGGCUCACACUUCUCUCCACGUCUCCUUUUUCUAACUUCGACAGGCCGAGAGAAGAGAAGCAGAAAAACAAAGCAAAGGCGGAUACAGAAAGUGGCGGAGUGAUGGAGGGGGUGGGGCUGUGGCUGGACUGGGACGGAGACAUGGAAGACGAGGAUGACGACGGGGGGCAGAGGUUCGCCCAGGCGUUGAAGCUGCAGCUGGGCAGCGCGGUGGCGAGGGUCAUCGACCGCGUCCUGCGCCUUUACACCGAAACGUCCGAUUCCAGGCCUUCCUCCCCUCCGGCCGCCAUCUCCUUCCUCCCGUCGGGAGCGGCGGAGGGCGGGCCAGGGGACAAGGGGGUGUGGCUGGGACUCUUAGCCAGAGUGGAGGAUGAGGUCGGAGGUCAGGAGGAGAGGCCUGCGGGGAGGAAGGAUGACGAAAGGGAGAAACAGAGAACGAGAACCUUGCCUCCGCCGUGCAGCGAGCAGACAGACGUGGCGUUGCCGUUGGUCACUCAAAAGUCACCUGGCUUCCACAAGGCCCGCCCACUUCCUGGCCCACCUUUGUCCAACCAGGCAAACCUCUCCCUGCAUCACCCCUCCUUGCCUCGCCCCCCGCUUCUCUCCCAUCCUCUCUUGCACCCAGCGUCCCAAUCCAAGGAUCCUUCCUCGUCCUCCUCCUCCUUUCCCCCUCCCCCUCCCCCUCUUCCCCUCCCACUCAUCCAUUACUCCAUGCAGCAGCUCUUCUCCCGCUCCCUCCACCACCCACAGAUGCCCCAUCUUCCGGCGUCCCGCAAGGACUUCCUCAACUCUGACCCCUUCUUGGAGUUCCACUCGCAUCCCUCCUUCCCCCCGCUGCCCCUGCUGGGUCACCUGGGCCCCGCCCUCGUACGCGGCGGCAGGGAGCGGGAGCGGGGGGUCCGGGGAGGUGGAGGGAUGGACGGAGGAGAUCUUUACUUGGCUGCUGGAGGAACCCAGGAGGGCUUGUCUCCUUGCCACCUGAAGAAAGCCAAACUCAUGUUCUUCUACGCUCGCUAUCCCAGCUCCAACACACUCAAGACGUACUUCCCGGAUGUCAAGUUUAAUCGCUGCGUGACCUCCCAGAUGAUUAAAUGGUUCAGCAACUUCAGAGAGUUCUUCUACAUCCAGAUGGAGCGUUUCGCAAGGCAGGCUGUCCGAGAAGCCCUCGCACGGGAUGGGGCCCCCUGCCUGGGCAGAGAGAGCCAGCUGCGAGUGGGCCGCGACACAGAACUGUAUCGAAUACUGAACAUGCACUACAAUAAAAGUAACAUCUACCAGGUCCCAGAAAGGUUUAUCGAGGUCUCAGAAGUGGCCCUGAGGGAGUUCUACUCUGCCAUUUGGACCGGGAGAGACAGCGACCCCUGCUGGAAGAAAGGAAUAUACAAAAUCAUCUGUAAACUUGACAGUGGCGUGCCAGAUGCCUUCAGAUUACCUGGUUGUCCAGUUGGCUGAGCAGACCAUUGUUAAUACAACCUAUUAGCACACAUGCUGACUGGCGAUGAGACAGGUUGUUUACACAUGUGAUCAUGCACAUGCUUUACUCUUUUUAAUCUUCUUUAUUAACGUCUGGGAGACUCUCCAGUUUAGUGUGAACUCUUUUUAUCUUCAUUUUUGUAUUCUUUCGCAAAAUAUUUCAAAUGUAGAAAUGAUCCAAAAACACACACACACACACACACACACACACACACACACUAAAAAACACUGCAAAUUAAAAAUGCUGCAAACAGGGUUCCCCAAACUACGGCCUGCAGGCCGGAUACAGCCCACCAGCGUCCAAAAUCCAGCCCGCAGAAGUUAAAAAGAGUUUAAAAAAAAUAUAUACAUAUAUAAUAUAUAUAUAUAUACGUGUAUAUAUAUAUAUGUGUGUUUUUUUUAAUUAUUCUUUUUUAAAAAUCUGUCCUUUCUAAACGAUUUUCUACCGCUUGUUACUCUCGGUGUCUCCUAGCCGCUCAGGCAAAUCAUAAUGUCUAAAAAUACAUUUUUCCAUCGAAGACAUGACAUCAUCGCAUUUGCGGCGCAGCAAGUGUGCGCUUUUUCAGUAUCUCUCUCUCUCUCUCUCUCUCUCUCUCUCUCUCUCUCUCUCUCUCUCUCUCUCUCUCUCUCUAAAUUGGGAGGGUGGCCGCACCAGCAAUCUGAGGGUUACUAGUUCAAUCCCCACCUUCUACCAUCUUUGAGCAAAACACUUCACCCUUGCUCUUGAUGGGUCCUGGUUAGCGCCUUGCAUGGCAGCUCCCACCAUCAGUGUGUGAAUGGGUGAAUAUGGAAAUAGUGUCAAAGCGCUUUGAGUUUCUUAAAAAAGGUAGAAAAGCGCUAUACAAGUACAACCCAUUUACCAUAUAUACAUAUUAUAUAUAUAUAUACACACAUAUAGAUAUAGAUAUAUAUAUAUACACACACACACACACACACACAUAUAUAUUAUAUAUAUAUAUAUAUAUAUAUA